UCGCAUAGACGCCCCCCGCGUUAUCCUCCGGGCUCACGGUUCACUCUGUGGACCCCGAAAGCUGCAGCCGAGGGUCGCCAGGUUGGGCGGAGCACCGUCGGCAGGCGCCGCGUCCCGCAGACGGCAGCGUUUCCACAAGUCGCUAACAGCCGGGGGUGCGUGCACAGCGCGCCCCGGCGGACAGUGCUGGAGACCGUAAGGUGGUCAGCCGCCGAGAGAUAUGUGCACGAGAGGGGGUGCGGGGCUGAUGCGCGCUGGGUUCCUGGCGACGUCUGUGUCAUAGUGUCUUCCAAACCACUAUAUCUGGAAGGGGCGGCCGUCCCCGGCUUCCCGCGGCGCGGGCACCCGGGGGUGCGCAGCUGUUUGUGGCGGAAUCUUCCGUGUUGGACCAGUCGCCGCGCAAGGCUGAUUGCAGGAACGGCCAAGGGGAGGACAGCGUCUGAGCCAGCUGCGUUUCUCUUUGGGGGUGCUGUGACGAAAGACGCUUUCUAAGAGGCCACAGUUUGUUUUCUGUACCCAAACCUGGCCUCUGAGGCCGCAGCUCCAGGAGUGACCUGGCUCACCCCAAAUGCUGGGCGUGGGCGUCCCUGGCAGGCGAGGAUCCGAUCAGCCUGCGUGGGCCUUAUCAGAGCAAAGGCCGGAAUCCGCCGUGCCUGCAGCCCCAGCCGCUCCAGCUGCACCCCCGCAGGCCAGUCCCACCUGCUCUGCAUCCCGUGCAGCCCCCUGGGGGAGGUCUUCAUACACAGCAGGAAUGUGCUGUUGGGUUUGUAACAGAGGUAAAGGGGCCACAGAGAAGGUGCAUAAAAUAACUCACAUUGUGAGUUUUUGUUCAAACUUGGAUACAGUGGAGAAUUCCCUUUACAGCUGCCACCCCAUUAUGCUUCUGCUUCAGCCACUGCAUAUGAGUGCGUGCGUAUGCUAGCAUGUGUGUGUUCUAGCAUGUAUGCACCCACACGUGUGUGAACAGGUGAAACCAUGCUGGUGGAUCCAAAGGCCAUAACAAGUCGCAUUUGAAGCUGCUCAUGGCCACCAGGGCCCAGCUUUCUGUUGGCUGUGACCGGAACAGCUUCUGUGGUCCCUGGUGGCACUGCCCAGGAUUAUGGAAGUGACUUGGAAGUGAGCUCCCUGAUAACACUGCCGAGUCCAGGAGCUCGUGGCCCCUCCCCUAAAUCCGCAUGAUGCUCUCGCCCCUGCCCCCCUCCUCCAGGUGGGGCUGGUGAGCUCUGGCCCCUGGUGGGCGUGCAUCUGCAGGCACUCUUCCAAGAAACUGUUGUAAUCGUUAUCUUUAAACGUUCCUUCCUGUGGCUGAUGUUGGUUUAAAGACUAGCUGAGCGCUCUUGUACAGGCUUGGUGUCUAAUGUGGGUUGGAGACUGAGAUUACUCCCUGCUUCAUUAUUGUUAAAAGCAGAAUUCCAGACCACAGGAGCCCUGCACUUUGAUAGGAAUGGAGAAAGGAGUGGGGGACGGGGGCAAAGCAGAUGUCCAUGCUGAGGUUUCCACAGCUUGUCUCCUCAGGACCUCAGGAGAGCUAGCUCAUCUCCUGUCGCCCCCAGCCCUACCCUGUCAUCAUAGCUUCUCGGAAUGUGUUUGCUCUGCCCCACAGAAGAGAUUGUAAGUGCUGGGACCUGUGCUCUUGCUACCAGCAUUCUGGCUACAAACUCGUGCAUUCCUCUGUGUUUAUCUUUCAAGCUGGCUGGAGACCAAGAAGGAAGAAGCACAGAACCCUAGACUGCAGUGUGCCAUGAGUAGGAGCCGGUGCCCAGUAGCGCUGAUGUCUUCCACGGUGGCCCCAGCUAAGGAGCCCAACGCUACGUGCCCAAGGGCGGUGGAGGUUGUGCUGGUCAAGGAGCAGAAUGGGAUGCAGCUCACAAACUCCACCCUCACCAGCACCCCACAGAGCCCCGUGGAGACCCAGGACCGGGAGACGUGGAGCAAGAAGAUAGACUUCCUCCUCUCGGUGAUCGGCUUCGCAGUGGACCUGGCCAAUGUCUGGCGGUUUCCUUACCUGUGCUACAAAAAUGGUGGGGGUGCCUUCCUGGUCCCCUACUUGCUCUUCAUGGUCAUUGCGGGAAUGCCACUUUUCUACAUGGAGUUGGCCCUCGGGCAGUUCAACAGGGAGGGUGCUGCCGGAGUCUGGAAGAUCUGCCCAGUCCUCAAAGGCGUGGGCUUCACGGUCAUCCUCAUCUCGCUCUACGUGGGCUUCUUCUACAACGUCAUCAUCGCCUGGGCACUGCACUACUUCUUCUCCUCCUUCACCAUGGAGCUGCCCUGGACCCACUGCAACAACACCUGGAACAGCCCCAACUGCUCCGACACCCUCUCCGGCAAUGCCAGCAACAGCUUGGGCCUCAAUGACAGCUUCAGAACCACGCCCGCUGCUGAGUACUUUGAGCGUGGAGUGCUGCACCUCCAUGAGAGCCAUGGCAUCGACGACCUGGGCCCUCCCCGGUGGCAGCUCACAUCCUGCCUGCUGCUGGUCAUUGUCCUGCUUUACUUCAGCUUGUGGAAGGGAGUGAAGACUUCGGGGAAGGUCGUGUGGAUCACAGCCACCAUGCCCUAUGUGGUCCUCUUUGCCCUGCUCCUACGAGGGAUCACCCUUCCUGGAGCCCUUGAUGGCAUCAAAGCGUACCUGAGUGUGGACUUCCAUCGGCUCUGCGAGGCGUCCGUUUGGAUAGACGCUGCUACCCAGAUAUGCUUCUCCCUGGGCGUUGGGUUUGGGGUGCUGAUAGCCUUCUCCAGUUACAAUCAAUUCACCAACAACUGCUACAGAGACGCCAUCAUCACCACCUCGGUCAACUCCCUGACGAGCUUCUCCUCCGGCUUCGUGGUCUUCUCCUUCCUGGGGUACAUGGCCCAGAAGCACAGCGUGCCCAUCGGGGACGUGGCCAAGGACGGGCCCGGGCUGAUUUUCAUCAUCUACCCCGAGGCGCUCGCCACACUCCCACUGUCCUCGGUCUGGGCCGUGGUUUUCUUCACCAUGCUGCUUGCCCUGGGGAUCGACAGCGCCAUGGGUGGCAUGGAGUCUGUGAUCACCGGGCUCAUCGACGAGUUCCAGCUGCUGCACAGACACCGGGAGCUCUUCACCCUCUUCAUCGUCCUGGCCACCUUCCUUCUCUCCCUCUUCUGCGUCACCAACGGUGGCAUCUACGUCUUCACACUGCUGGACCAUUUCGCGGCCGGCACGUCCAUCCUCUUUGGAGUGCUCAUCGAGGCCAUUGGGGUGGCCUGGUUCUACGGUGUGCGGCAGUUCAGUGACGACAUCAAGCAGAUGACCGGGCAGCGGCCCAGCCUCUACUGGCGGCUGUGCUGGAAGUUUGUCAGCCCCUGCUUCCUCCUGUUUGUGGUCGUGGUCAGCAUCGUGACCUUCAGGCCCCCGCACUACGGAGACUACGUCUUCCCCGAGUGGGCCAACGCGCUGGGCUGGGCCAUCGCCAUGUCCUCCAUGUCCAUGGUGCCCAUCUACGCAGCCUACAAGUUCUGCAGCUUGCCCGGGUCCCUGCGGGAGAAAGUGGCCUACGCCAUCACACCCGAGAAGGAGCGCGAGCUGGUGGACAGUGGGGAGGUGCGCCAGUUUACGCUGCGCCACUGGCUCAUGGUGUAGAGGGGAGCAGAGAAGGAAGGCCCUGGGCGGCCGUCGUGCUCGCCAAGGGAGAGACGCCAACCACGAUGAAAAACCCUGAGCCUGAGAGAGGAGGCUGCUCCCGGUACCUGUACUGCCUGGACACACGGGAGCUCUGCCUUCCCAUGUUUACACCAGUGAUGCACCGUGGGGACAGCACCUGCCGUUGUCCUGUGUCCUGUGUAACGUAGUAGAAAACGUCGUGUUCUGUUUGUGUAAAGCCCCCAGCCCGAGCCCCCGCCCAGGGCUCGGGUCUCGCUCCCUCCGUGUGCCGAGAGAAGCACCGUGAUUGUAGGUGGCUGUGAGCCUCAUGCUCAGUCACUUCCUGGGUCGUUUGCUCUCAUUACAAAAGCUAUUGUCACAUUUUGCCUAAUUGUGCAGAAGGCAAAAUGGAAGAAACCGUGCAAAAGGCGAAAGAGUGGGGGGCCUUGUGUCGCCACGUCCCCCAAGCAGACUGUUCAGAGCCCCCAGGGUGGGGGUCUGGUGAGUGUGAUGUCGAUUUCCUUGUAGCUGAGAGAAACAGACUCCAUGGGACCCGUGUGACUGCCACCACUCCUGCCCGAUGUGGGUCCCAGUCAGCUCGUUGUCACCUGGGUGUGGACCCACGGCCAUGGGAGAAAGUGUUUCUGGUGAGCAGGAGUGCAUCCCCACCCUGGGCCCUGACCAGGCAGCACCCCAAGGCAGGCAGGCAUCCUGGAGACCCUUCCAGGCUCAGCCUGGCUGUGACCCUGGGAGCAAGACCAGCCAGAAUUUUCUUUCUCUCAGGCACACAUCACACCCAUAACCACACUUUCUAUGUUAGGGAAUGGCUUUUUUAAACCGUAUUUACCUGUGAAUCAGAACUAAUUGUCAGAAUGUAGGGCUGGUUCUGAAAACAUGUCUGCUGCUGUCCCCAUUGCUGUUACGAAAAACUAAGUCAAAGCGUGACCGUCCUGCAGCUGGCCUCGGUCGCCGCUGGAAUGCACAGGGCUGUGGGCCGGCGCGCUGUGGACCGUGGCCCCAGGGGAGGCUGGAGGCGGUCUGCAGUGUGGCCCCGAGGAGCGUCACUGCUCCUCAUAGAACACAUGUUCUCAGUGUCUGUCUGUCCAUGCUCAGCAUCACCAAUAAAAAUCUAUGUGGGAAAGGACCCGCCCACAUUUUGCUCGA